CAAUUCUCUUUUCUCUUUCCUGAAAGUUUCAUCAGCUACAUGGAUUUAGGAAACCAAACACGCUUUUCAGGAUUCAUCCUUCUGGGACUUUCUGAAGACGCAGAGCUGCAGCCCCUCCUCUUUGGUCUGUUCCUCUCCAUGUAUCUGGUCGCCUUCACUGGGAACCUGCUCAUCAUCCUGGUCAUCAUCACAGACUCCCACCUCCACACACCCAUGUACUUCUUCCUCUCCAACCUCUCCUUUACUGACAUCUGUUUCACCUCCAAUGUCGUCCCAAAGAUGCUGCUGAACAUUCAAUUGCAGAACAAAGUUAUUACUUAUGAAGACUGCAUCACUCAGAUGUAUUUUUUCAUGCUUUUGGGGGAUGUGGACAAUUUCCUCUUAACAGCGAUGGCCUAUGACCGGUUUGUGGCCAUUUGUCACCCACUGCACUACACUGUCAUCAUGAAUGCCAAGUUCUGUGGUCUCUUGCUUCUGGUAGCUUGGUUAUUGUCAAUUCUACACACUCUAGCACAUGGGCUAUUGGUUUUACAACUGUCUUUUUGUACAGAAUUGGAACUCUCCCAUUUUUUCUGUGACCUUAAACAAGUAGUGCAACUUGCCUGUUCUAGCACAUUUCUCAUUGACUCAGUAACGUAUUUUGUAACUGGACUUCUGGGUGUUGUUCCACUCUUUGGGAUCUUUUUCUCUUACAUGAAAAUUGUGUCCUCCAUUUUGAAAAUUGCAACUGUUGGAGGCAAGUACAAAGCUUUUUCCACUUGUGGGUCCCACCUCUCCGUGGUUUUCUUGUUCUAUGGGACAGCUCUGGGGGUUUAUUUCAGUUCUGAUUUUAUAGAAAACUCCAGGGCCAGUGCAAUAGCCUCGGUGAUGUACACUGUAGUCACGCCCAUGCUGAACCCCUUUAUCUACAGUCUGAGAAAUAAAGACAUAAAGCAAGCCCUAAGAAAGCUUUUCAGCUGA